AUGGAUAAUGUCAUGAGGUUGUUCAUCGUUCUCACGCUUUGGUGCUUCAUCCUUCCCUCGGCAGCUUAUGCCGUCGGUCGCCCUGUCAAAACUUCAAGUGGGGUGGUAAUCGGCCAUGUAUCAAGAAAUCGAACUCAAGUGUCGGAAUAUCUUGGAAUCAGAUACGCUCAAGCACCUGUUGCAAGCUUAAGAUUUGAACCUCCUUUGCCUUAUUUAUCGAGAACAGUGUUCAAUGCUUCAAAUUAUGUGAGUUUUGCUUAGCAAAUUCUUUCCCCCAAUGAAACAACUGAUCUAAUCCAAAUCCGGCAGUCAGUGUAAGUUUUUUACUUGGAGUUGUAUAGAUGGAUUUUCUAAGUAUUUCAAAGUGAUUGUCCAAGUAAUCCCUCGGCUCCGGUAGCAUACCCGAACAAAACCGCAAAUUUCGAUCGCGUGUUUGCUCUGUUUACAGGCGGAGAACACAAGCCACAGGGGGAAGAUUGUCUCAAAUUGAACAUAUGGGCGAAGUCCAAUGACCUCAAGCUUAAGGCGGUGCUGGUCUGGUUUCAUGGAGGAAGUGAGUAUUCUUAAGCGAUCUCUUCAUUGUUUAAGCUGACAUCAUUCGAGGGUUUACACUCGGUAGUGCAAAUAGCCCCUUCUUCCACGGGCAGUAUAUGGCGGAUACGGAGGAUGUUAUUGUGGUAACUAUAAAGUGCGUUCAUCUCGUAGCGAAAAAGUCUGUUCUGAUUAUAUCAUCUAGCUACCGAAUCAAUAUCUUUGAGUUUUCUGGUGCACCGGGUCUCACUCAAAAUGUUGGAUUGCUUGAUCAGCGACUUGCAUUAGAGUGGCUUCGUGAUAAUAUAUCCGGCUUUGGCGGCGAUCCCACUAAGAUGACAAUAUUCGGCCAAUCCGCAGGAGGAGUUGCAGUUGACUACCAUUCUUACGCAUGGAAAUCAGAUCCAAUUGUCGCAGGAUUGAUAUCCCAUUCGGGAACAGCAGCAAGCUUCGAGCCAAGCACUCCCGCAAUCGAGACCAAACACUUCAAUGCCGCUUCGGGACUUCUUGGCUGUGGAACCGGUGAAGCUGCGGUUCCAUGCAUGAAAGCACAAAAUAUUACGGCUAUACUAGCAGCUGUUGCAAAAGUUCCGGUUGAAGCUACCGGAGCACGACCACCGCCGCCAUUCCAACCAACCGUUGACAACAUCACUGUGUUUUCAAUCUCAGGGUACGAAGAAUUAGCAAAAGCAGGAGAAUUCGCAAAACUUCCGUACCUUGCUGGCAAUACCAACAACGAGCCAGGGUUUUACAAAAUUGGAGCUUUUGCGCAAGGAUCGAAUCUCACAGAUGCGCAAUGGGAAUUAUUUGAGCUAGAAAAUUUCACUUGUGCUACCGCUAUAGAGACUGCUCAUCGUGCUGCAUUUUCCGUACCUACGUGGAGAUACAGAUAUUUUGGGGAUUGGUCUAAUCUGCGUCUGUGCCCUGGAAGUGGAGCAUAUCAUGGAAGUGAUAUCGAGAUGGUUCUGGGAACGGCUCAGGAUGUUUCACUGAUUGUGAACUCAGACAUCGAAGAAAUUACCAGCAGGUAUAUGAUGAGAGCUUGGGCAGCUUUCGCCAAAAACCCAAAGAGUGGCUCGUCAGAUUAUGGAUGGCCAUUGUACGAAAACUCGAGUGAGGAAACGUUGGUGAGGCUGGGGUAUAACAAUGAGACCACGGCUUCGUUUGUGUCUCCCCAAGAAUAUGAUUCACGAAGUCCAGAUUUAAAGGGAAAAGUUAGCGAUGGGGUAGGGGCUUUUUAGUGUGAAGUAUCCAUAGUAAAGCUAUUGACUCUCCCACAUACACACCUUUGCAGCCGGAAUUCCAUUGCUGAUGGACAAACUAGCACUUACCCCGAUCAUUCUUCCUUCAUGCAAAUAAGCAUCGAAAACCAAAGCUUUCUCAUCGCUAUGAUUACCGAAAACAGCAAUCUUUCGCAUAUCCCAGCUCCUUCCAUCCCAACCUUCCGUUUCUUGACCCUGUGAACAUUGAGCUGCCACAAGAGUAGGCCCAACCCCAAGACAACCGACGACAAAAGUAUAGUUCCGAGGUUUGAUCCAUGGACCAGAACUUAUGCUUUCCCCGAAAUCGUCGGCGUCAAAUGGUUCGUCAUCAUCCCCAUCUUGAUGAAAAUUCUCUUUUUCCUCCUCCUCCAUCUCCAUUUCAUCGUCAUCGGUAUCGAUAUCUGCUUCUCCUACUUCAAUUUGUCUUGCGAGUUCG